AUGUCUCAAAAACGCGCGCAAUGGAUUGUUUGCGCCACGCGCAUGUUACAUCAUGCAUGGCAUGCUGGUCAUGAUCCACAUCAUCCUUCUUUUCUUCUAUGUCCGUCACUGGGAACACCAUGCAACUUCGCUUUCACACCAACAAACAAUGAUUUCUGGCCUGUGGUGCUUAGUGCUUCACUGCAAGCAUUUUAUACUAUAUACACGGCUGUUCUGCUCUUCCUUACCCAACGGCUUGCGAUUUCGAGAACACUCGUACGCCGUGUGAAACUGACGGCCGUUCAUGACAUCUCUGGCGCAUGGGCGGGUCUCGGUUCUGCACUCACUGCCUACCUUGCGAGCAUAAGCAUGCUGCAUGUCACCUCUUCUACUCUCCUACAAUUUCAAACCUUCAAUGCUUCUAUGACAACUUUGGUGCCUACAACACUAGGAUGGCUAAACGAUUCGUCGCAUGGUUAUUUAACAGACCUGGGACCCAUUACCACAUCCCUACCAGUUGUCAAGCAUUUGACUGGACUCGUGUCCGCAGGGUUGUCCAACACCACACUCUACGACACCCUCAAAAGAACCGCUAUAGCAGGGAAUGCGACUGUGAACGCAACGACAGUAGCCUCGAGUUGUGGAUUGGUUCCAAAUGUGACAUACUCUGCGGAUGCCAACACAGCGAUCGUUCCGUCUGGGCCAGUUGCCACUCGCGUAGUUAUUGCGAGUGCUCUCUGGCCAGAUCAGAUACAUAUAAUUCCAUGGAUAGAAUUUGAAGAUUCUUCCAGUGACGCCUCAGAGGCAAGUGUUCUCUUACUUGCUGGUGUCUAUCUUAUGGUAUCCACAUUAUUGGGGAUCGACCCUUCAGUACAAGAUGAGGUUGCUAUAAACAUGACUUGGAAUAUCCCUGAUCGACACUCCAUACGUCACCCAGGUCUAUUUCGUAUAUUGCUCGCUGUCAGCGAACACUACACAUGGGGUGAUCGACAUGCAAACCAACAGCCUACUGAGUCCUACGUCCUUAUCGCAGCCAUCCACGCAAUGGGAAAUGUAUCAAUUCGGGUGGUCGAAUACUACCAGUUGGCAAACACAGCUUUGGCUACCCCGGAUAGCACCAGCGGGAUUCUAUUUGAUCCAUAUGCACAAAUCACCGAACUCUCUGUUGCGGACGAGUAUAUCAUGUCGUUGGUAGGCUUGAAUCUCACUGAGGAAUAUACACAAUUCCGCGACGGUGCUUAUCCAAUCUCUAAUUUCACUUUGAGCCCGGAUGAACUAGAAUUCGCGGUUGCGAGAGCAGCUGCACAACUCAUCUGGCUAGCGGGACAAAUGGGUACAGCCAAUGGAGGAAUUGACCCUGGCAAUGGGACAGCCUAUGUUAACGAGGAGUUCAUUGCCCUACGCCUCAACAUCAACCUUCUUCCUUUGGCUUUCGCGGCGUCUGCAUCGGUGAUAAUGUUGGGACUGGCGCUACAUAUGACAAGAGCAUUUCAUGCAUCACACGACAGUCAGGCUGCUAUCUCAAACAUAGGUGUGCUGCAACUCCUGUGGUUGGGCCAUCGUUCAGCCUCUAUCAACGAAGUCCUGGAAGAUGUGCAACAUCCGACAGAGGCCAAUCUGCGGCGAGCGGGCAUGAUAGAUGUCUGCCUUACGAAAACAAUAUCUGAUAAGGAAGAGUUUGGGAGUUCAACAGAUAGUCUCUCCUUGUGCAGUCAACUACCAUCAUGACGAUGAUAUAUGAUUUGGGUUCGAUAAUAGGAGGCUGGUGAGCUCCUGCUUAUUGUGAUAUUCAAGGAGUUUCUACGCGACGCGCGUGCCUGUCUGUUCGAGGGGGUACCAUCAUCCCGUAAUAGAUCUAUACGCAUACACACAGCUACUAGCUACAAUAUCUCGAGUGUCUUGACGUCCACCAUGUCCUGAGCAAAGGCCAUGUCGUUGACUUGUGCAAUGAUAGCAUUAUCUGAUGCGAUUCUCUUGUAUUCUCCCCCACGCUGCUGCGCUAGCAAAAAUGCACUAAAAGGCUG